AGGACUAGGACGAGGACAGGACACAGGAACUAGUCUUGCGCUUGCGCUGCCACUGCCGGAAUCGCAAAUUUAAAUUUCCAUGAAUGAACAGCAGGUCUCAAUAGAUAGACUCUAUAUUUCGUGAACCUUACGUUGUUGAUUAAAAGGACUUGGACUUUAUCCAGCGCUGGUAUUCUGCGACCCAACUUCCCACAAACUCGCAAAAUUAUGAAAAGAAAAUCGUGCCCAUCAGAACGCAGCAGUGGCGAUUCCACCUUUGCUCCACAAUUGAAAAAGAGGCAGCUGAUAGUGAAAACAAAACGAGGCAGAAAAAAACUGCGACACCGUAGAGUGAAAAGCAAUAAUCAGCUGUUGCAGUGUCUUCCAGAGGAAGUGGUUAAGAGGAGCAUGUCAGUCUUCGUAAAACAGCCUUUGUAUCGCCAAUCCGACUUCAAGCAGUCGGAGGUCAAUUAUAUGAUUUCUUUGGCUCUGACACCCCUGCAGGACAGUGAAACUGCGAUUGACUUAACAGUGAUCAAAAGACACCUUAGUGGACUGCAACCUCAACUCAAAACUCAUCAUUUGGCUAAGGGGCUUCUGUUCCACUUCAUCAGAAAAAAGUGCAAGGCGAGCCUGGAGAAGCCUCUGGUGGCACUGGUGCGCCUGCUGUCCGUGUCAGACUUGUGGAUGGAGCUGGACGCAGCGGUGGUGUCAGCAGUGCCUGACUGCGUGACCGUACGGGACGGCCCCGAGGUGGGUCCUUUCGAGGCCCAACGCCUGGGCAACCUUGGCGCCUGGCUCUGCGUCCUCGGACAGGCACCGGGCCGCCUGCUGGCCAUGCUGAGCGAGAUGGUGGGCCGCGGUGGCAGCAGGGCGCUGUCUUUGUGCAUUGGGGCACUUGAGGUGUGGCCUGCAGUGCUCUCAGAAGGGCUGUUGGCUGAGUGUGUGCGGUUUUCCAUCCUGGCUCUUGCAGAAGAAAGACCCAUCAUGGAGGCAAAGCAAAUAUGGGACAUUUUUAAGCACUAUGGUUGGAAGGAAUGCCCUUCACUAGACACAAUCUUGCAGAAAAUAGAAGCAAGCAUGAUAGAAGGAAAAAGCAUUUCAUCCUUCUCAGCUAUCCUCCUGUCUAGAGUCUUUGGUCCUCGUUGGACUCAAGACAACCUCGUGGUCAAAAUCCUGAGCAACAUCGUCUGCAGUGAUGGCCCUGGCGUGCCCCUAGCAAUUGUCACCCUGGGCCAAAUCGGCCGAUACCUCAACAUGUCUUGUCGGAGAGGGCGACUGGCGGCUCGGAAGUUGAUUCUGAUCGCCAUAUUUGACGCGUUGAAUAUGCCAGACGUGGAAGAAAAUGUUGCUGAAAUGGCUGUGGUCGCAUUGGUGGCUUUUUUCGGCCCGGGCCGCCCCUUCCCGCUGUCCAGAGCGCUGCAGAGGAUUCCAGCAGCUUAUGUUAGCGUGCCGAUCAAAGAGCGACUUGUUGCAUGGUGCCAAAAUUUCAUCCAACCAAAGUUCCUGUUCCGAAAGAGGCCAAGGAAUGCCAAAGCACUCACUGAGCCUGAAGACAACAUGAUUUGUAACCUCAAAUUUCCAGAGACUUUGAAAGAGCUGUUUGACGAAGACUUGAGAGACAUCAGCGACAGUGAGUGUAGAUUUGUGUCUUAA